CAAAGAUGGCUUAUCGACCAACAUUUUUCUUUACGUAGGAGCAACAUUGUGGAAGGAUAAGAGAUUACCUUGCACCAGAGAAGGCAGAGAGAGCAGGUGGUAGCUGUAGCGAGCGGUGUUAGCCCUCUCGUCGCGCUACGCACCGCUCGCUCUCCAGCUCGCAUUGUAAAUAUUAGCUAAGGCUAGCUUUCUUUCUGUUUGGUUGCUAAAAUGGCCACCAUGGAGAAACUCAUGAAGGCCUUUGAGUCUUUGAAGUCAUUCCAGCAGCAGCAGGGGCCACCAACCGCCGAGGAGCUUGUCCAGAGGCAGAAAAAGGAACAGGCUACCACAAAGAAGGACAGGGUGACACAUUGCCUGACGAUAUGUGAAAACAUUGUGGCUCAGUCUCUGAGAACGUCUCCAGAGUUUCAGAAACUGCUGGGCAUCGCCAUGGAGAUGUUCCUGCUCUGCAGUGACGACAGCGAGUCAGAUGUCCGGAUGGUAGCCGACGAGUGCCUCAACAAAAUCAUCAAAGCACUGAUGGAUUCCAACCUGCCUAGACUGCAGCUGGAGCUGUACAAAGAAAUUAAAAAGAACGGUGCCUCUCGGAGUCUGAGGGCAGCUUUGUGGAGGUUUGCUGAGCUGGCCCACCUCAUCAGACCACAGAAAUGCAGACCCUACCUGGUCAACCUGUUGCCGUGCCUCACCAGAAUCACCAAGCGACAGGAGGAGACCGUGCAGGAGACGCUGGCUGCAGCGAUGCCUAAGAUCAUGUCAGCCUUGGGACACUUUGCUAAUGACGGCGAGAUCAAGGUGUUGUUGAAGUCAUUUGUGGCCAACAUGAAGUCUAGUUCCCCCACCAUCAGACGGACGGCAGCCAGCUCGGCCGUCAGUGUGUGCCAACACUCCAGACGCACCAGCUACUUCUACACCUGGCUUCUUAAUGUGCUGCUGGGUCUGGUGAUUCCAGUGGACGAGGAGCACCCCAGCCAUCUGAUCCUGGGGGUGCUGUUAACCCUCCGCUACCUGAUGCCUCUGCUGCAACAGCAAGUCAACACCACCAGCCUCAAAGGAAGCUUCGGGGUGAUGAGGAAGGAAGCUGACGUACAGCCGUCACCUGAACAGCUGCUACAGGUGUACGAGCUGACCUUACACUACACACAGCACUGGGAUCACAAUGUGGUGACAGCAGCUCUGGAGCUCCUGCAGCAGAUUUUCAGGACUCCCCCGCCGCAGCUCCUACACAUGCUCAUCACCGCCGGCAGCAUUGCACACGCUACCGUGUUUCGGCAGGACGCGGAGAGUCGCGCACGCUCCGGCAGCAUCCUCGAGUUCAUUGGUAAAAUGCUUUCUGGAGAGGAGGAUGGCUUAGAGGACGACCCUGAGAGGACUGAGGUCCCCAGUGGUGCAUUCACAGCGUCGGUCGUCGGCGCGGACGGCUCCUCCGCAGCCCAGGUGGACAUCAUCACCGAGCAGCCGCGCUCCUCUCAGCACACCCUGCAGCCCGGCGACUCGGUAGACCUGAGCGCCUCCUCGGAGCAGGGCGGAGGCGGGGGCGGGACUUCUGCGUCAGACACUCCCGAAUCUCCCAACGACAACGAGGAGGAAAUGCUAAGUCAGAGCUCCAGCGGCGGGGCCAACAUCACUCCAGAGACGGCUGACUACACCACGCCAGAGAACGCCACGCCGGAAGGAGGGCCUUUAGGAGAGAGCGGGACACUGCUUGCCGCUAACGAUCGUUCGCUCCCGCCCAGUGACUCCUCCCAGACCACCACAGAGGGGCCGGACUCAGCCGUCACUCCCUCGGAUGUAGCAGAGCUGGUGCUGGACGGCAGUGAGAGUCAGUACUCUGGGAUGCAGAUUGGAACACUACAGGAUGAAGAAGAUGAAGGAGCAGCACCUUCCUCCCAAGAAGAACCCACAGAACCAUUCUUACAGUCGGCACUGGCUCUGAGCAAACCUCAUCUCUUCGAAGGUCGGGGUCACAACCGGCAGGGUUCAGACAGCAGUGUGGACCGCUUCAUACCAAAGGAUGAACCCGCUGAACCCGAACCGGAAAAUAAGCCAUCACGUAUAAAGGGUCCAAUUGGACACUAUACAGACCAGGGGGUGGAGCCACUGGUGCACUGCGUACGACUUCUUGCUGCUUCCUUCCUGCUGACUGGACAGAAGAAUGGUCUGACCCCUGACAAGGAGGUGCGAGUGAGUGUGAAGGCCCUGGCGGUCAGCUGUAUUGGUGCAGCCAGUGCACUGCAUCCUGAAGCCUUCUUUAAUUCCCUCUACCUGGAGCCGCUGGAUGGUAUUCCAGUAGAAGAGCAGCAGUUUAUCAGCGAUGUGCUGGGCCUCAGCGAUCACGGGGACCCGCAGAUCAGAGGGGCCACAGCCAUCCUCUGUGGAGCAAUCAUACAGGCUGCACUCACCAAAACGCGUUACAACAUACACACCUGGCUGGCCAGUGUGCAGAGUGCAACAGGUAACCCUGUGUCCCUGGUGGAUUUGGUGCCUUUGCUCCAAAAAACUCUGAAAGAUGAGUCUUCUGUCACCUGCAAGAUGGCCUGCUCUGCAGCCAGGCACUGCAUCAUGACUGUGUGCAGCAGCACUCUGAGUGAGCUGGGCCUCCAGUUGGUGAUAGACCUGCUGGCUCUGAGGGACUCAUCCUAUUGGCUCGUUCGCACUGAGCUCUUGGAGACCCUAGCUGAGAUGGACUUCCGGUUAAUGAAUUUCCUGGAGAGAAAAACUGAGACUUUGCACAAAGGAGAUCAUCACUACACUGGGCGACUGCGGCUACAGGAGAGGGUUAUAAAUGAUGUCGUCGUCUACCUGCUGGGAGAUGAUGAUCCCAGAGUACGACACGUUGCAGCCUCUGCUGUCAGCAGGCUAGUUCCCAGGUUGUUCUAUGACUGCGAUCAGGGCCAGGUGGACCCAAUAGUGGCUAUCGCCCGCGACCAGAGUUCAGUCUACCUGCAGCUCCUGAUGCACGAGACACAACCGCCCUCCCAGUUCACAGUCAGCACAAUCACAAGGACGUAUCGAGGCUACAACCUUUCCAACACUGUGUCUGAUGUCACAAUGGAGAACAACUUGUCUCGAGUCGUCACCGCCGUCUCCCACGCUUUCACCUCCUCUACCUCCAGAGCUCUGACUUUUGGCUGCUGCGAGGCGUUGUGCCUCCUGGCUUCAAAUUUUCCAGUGUGCAACUGGAACACAGGCUGGCACUGCGGCUAUGUUAGCUCUAAUAGCAGCUUUGCUUCUCGCUCUAGUCUCAACCGCAGCAGAGGCAGGGCCCUCAGUCUUUCACAGCCCAGCAAUGCUUCAGCUUCUUCGAACACCUCCUCAUCCACACCAGACACGGAGCGAAGAACUCUGACAGUAGGAAUGGCCAACAUGGUGCUCUCCUUACUCUCCUCUGCCUGGUUCCCACUGGAUCUAUCCGCGCACCAGGACGCACUGUUGCUUUCUGGCAACCUGCUCGCUGCCAUUGCCCCUAAAUGCAUGCGCAACCCCUGGGCUGGAGAGGAGGAAGGCAGCAGCGGCAACACAAACCCCAGCGGAGGCCCAAAUAAGAUGGAGGAACCCUGGGCAGCGCUAUCGGAGCGCUCCCUGGUGGCUAUGCUGGAGCAGCUUUUCUCCCACUUAUUGAAGAUCCUCAACAUCUGUGCCCACGUGCUGGAUGACACACCACCGGGACCAGCAGCUAAGGCCACCCUCCCCUCCCUGACCAACACCCCCUCCCUCAGUCCCAUCCGCAGGAAAGGCAAAGAGAAAGACGUUGCCGAGCCCAGUGCUGCCCCUAUGAGCCCAAAGAAAAGCAAUGAAGUCAACACGGGCAGACCAGCAGAUGGCACAAGUUCAGCAGCCAUAAACAAGUCUACCACACUCGGCAGCUUCUACCACCUGCCACCCUACCUCAAGCUCUAUGACGUCCUCAAAGCUACGCACGCCAACUUCAAGGUGACGCUUGACCUGCACAGUAGCCAGGAGAAAUUUGGAAGUUUCCUGCGUGCUACUUUAGACGUUCUGUCCCAGCUGCUGGAGCUGGCCACACUACAUGACAUCAGCAAGUGUGUGGAGGAAAUUUUGGGCUACCUAAAGUCCUGCUUCUCCAGAGAACCGACCAUGGCCACUGUUUGUGUACAGCAGCUGUUGAAAACCCUCUUUGGCACCAACCUGGCAUCCCAGUAUGAGGGUGUCCUGAGUGGACCCAGUCGUUCUCAGGGCAAGGCUCUCCGUCUUGGCUCAUCCAGCCUGCGACCAGGCCUCUACCACUACUGCUUUAUGGCACCAUACACACACUUCACACAGGCUCUGGCUGACGCCAGUCUCCGUAACAUGGUGCAGGCUGAGCAGGAGCAGGACACAUCUGGAUGGUUUGAUGUGAUGCAAAAAGCGUCCACUCAGCUGAGGUCCAACAUCGCAAAUGCAACUCGCAACAGAGGAGACAAGAAUGCCAUCCACAACCACAUUCGUCUGUUUGAGCCGCUGGUGAUCAAAGCUUUGAAGCAGUACACCACCAGCACAUCUGUGGCCCUGCAGAGACAAGUGCUGGACCUGCUAGCCCAGCUCGUGCAGCUCAGAGUCAACUACUGUCUGCUAGAUUCAGAUCAGGUGUUCAUAGGGUUUGUCUUGAAGCAGUUUGAGUACAUUGAAGUGGGACAGUUCAGAGAUUCAGAGGCCAUCAUUCCCAACAUCUUUUUCUUCCUGGUGCUGCUGUCUUACGAGCGUUACCACUCCAAGCAGAUAAUCAGCAUCCCCAAGAUCAUCCAGCUGUGUGACGGCAUCAUGGCCAGUGGCAGGAAAGCUGUCACACACGCCAUUCCAGCCUUGCAGCCAAUCGUCCACGACUUGUUUGUCUUGAGGGGCUCCAACAAAGCAGAUGCAGGCAAAGAGCUGGAUACACAGAAAGAAGUGGUGGUGUCCAUGCUGCUCAGACUUGUACAGUACCAUCAGGUUUUGGAGAUGUUCAUCCUUGUACUGCAGCAGUGUCACAAAGAGAAUGAGGACAAAUGGAAGAGAUUGUCCAGACAGAUCGCUGACGUCAUACUUCCCAUGAUUGCCAAGCAGCAGAUGCAUCUGGACUCUCCUGAGGCGCUGGGAGUGUUGAACACUCUUUUUGAGAGUGUAGCACCUUCCUCUCUCAGGCCUGUAGACAUGCUGCUCAAGAGUAUGUUCACUACCCCGGCCAGCAUGGCAUCAGUAGCUACAGUCCAGCUGUGGGUGUCUGGUAUUCUGGCAGUGCUCAGAGUGCUGGUCUCCCAGUCCACUGAGGAUAUUGUCUUGUCACGGGUCCACGAGCUCUCCCUCUCCCCACAUCUCCUUUCCUGCCACACAAUCCGCCGCCUCCAUCAGCAAAACCCUUCUCCAAAUGACCCGUCCGCUGCUGACAUGCUGGUUAACCAGGAGUCUAAUGGCGAGGCCCAAAAAGUCCUGCCUGAGGAAACCUUUGCCAGGUUCCUGCUCCAGCUGGUGGGAGUGUUGCUUGAUGACAUUUCAUCCAGACAGGUUAAAGUGGACAUCACAGAGCAGCAACACACCUUCUACUGCCAGCAGCUGGGCACACUACUCAUGUGUCUAAUACAUGUCUUCAAAAGUGGGAUGUUUCGUAGGAUCACAGCUGCAGCCACCCGCCUCCUGAAGGGUGAGGGUGGCAGUGGACAGACUGGCUCUGAGGCUGGUCUUUUCUACCCUUUAGAAGGUCUGAACAGCAUGGUGCAGUGCCUGAUCACCACCCACCCUUCACUGGUGCUGCUCUGGUGCCAGGUCCUCCUUAUCAUCGACUAUACCAACUACUCCUGGUGGGCUGAGGUGCACCAGACACCCAGGAGACAGAGCCUCUCUUGCACAAAGCUGCUGAGCCCUCACUCCUCAGGGGAAGGCGAAGAGGAUAAACCUGAGUCCCAGUUAUCCAUGGUCAACAGAGAGAUUGUACACAGGGGAGCUCUCAUCCUCUUCUGUGACUACGUGUGUCAGAACCUCCAUGACUCAGAGCAUCUGACAUGGCUGAUUGUCAACCACGUACGUGACCUCAUCAGCCUUUCCCAUGAGCCUCCAGUACAAGAUUUCAUCAGCGCUGUGCACCGAAACUCAGCUGCCAGCGGCCUCUUCAUCCAGGCCAUCCAGUCCCGCUGUGACAACCUCACUACUCCCACCAUGUUGAAGAAAACUCUGCAGUGUUUGGAAGGCAUCCACCUGAGCCAGUCUGGCUCCCUGCUGAUGCUGUACGUGGAUAAGCUGCUCAGCACACCCUUCAGGGUUCUGGCUCGUAUGGUUGACACACUGGCAUGCCGCAGAGUAGAGAUGCUGCUGGCUGAGACACUACAGAACAGUAUAGCUCAGCUGCCUGUGGAGGAACUGGACAGGAUCCAGGAAUACCUCCAGACCAGUGGCCUGGCUCAGAGGCAUCAGAGGUUUUACUCCCUGCUGGACAGGUUCAGAGCCACUGUUGCUGACACCAGUAGCCCCACCCCUCCUGUGACAUCACACCCCUUGGAUGGGGAUCCACCACCUGCACCUGAGCAGGUCAAUGCAGAUAAGGAGUGGUAUGUGGCUCUGGUAAAGUCUCAGUGCUGUCUUCGUGGAGAUGUUUCUCUGUUGGAGACAACGGAGCUCCUUACCAAACUACCUCCUGCUGAUCUUCUCAACGUUAUGAGCUGCAAGGAGUUCAACCUCAGUCUGCUGUGUCCAUGCCUGAGUAUGGGAGUGCAGCGGUUAGCGCGGGGUCAGGGGUCACUCCUGUUGGAGACAGCCUUGCAGGUGACCUUAGAGCAACUUGCUGGGGUUACACAGUCACUUCCUGCCCCACACCAGUCCUUCCUGCCACCCUCUCAGCCACAGCCGUACUGGGACCAGCUGGCGGCUGUGUAUGACAAGCCAGGUUUCUACCCCAGGGUCUUGUCACUUUGUAGAGCUCUGUCCCAGUACCUGCUCAGUGUGAGCCAGCUGCCUUCCUCACUACAUAUCCCCUCUGACAAGGAACACCUCAUUACCACGUUCACCUGCACCGCCACAGAGGUGCUAGUAUGGCGUCUGCUCCAGGAUCACUUACCCCUGAGUGUGGACCUGCAGUGGGCUCUGUCCUGCCUGUGCCUGGCUCUGCAGAAGCCCUGCGUCUGGAACAAACUCUCUACCCCAGAAUACACCACGCACACCUGCUCCCUCAUCUACUGCCUACGCCUCGUUAUGGUUGCAGUGGCUGUGAGUCCUGGAGACCAGCUUCUGCAUCCAGAGAAGAAGAAGACAAAGGCGGAGAGGGAUGCUGAAGAUGAAGUGGACUCACCACAUGCUGGCCACUUGUGUGAGUGGCAAGCAUGUGAGAUCAUGGCGGAGCUGGUGGAAGGCCUGCAGAGUAUCCUCUCCCUAGGUCACCGUAGAAACAGUGCAAUCCCCGCUUUUCUCACUCCAACUUUGCGCAACAUUGUGAUCAGUUUGUCCCGACUGCCUUUAGUCAACAGCUUCACCCGAGUACCUCCACUGGUUUGGAAACUGGGCUGGUCCCCACAGCCAGGAGGAGAGUUCGGCACAACGCUGCCUGAGAUCCCUGUGGACUUCCUGCAGGAAAAGGAUGUCUUCAGAGAGUUCCUCUACCGCAUUAACACACUGGGCUGGAGUAGCAGGACUCAGUUUGAGGAGACCUGGGCCACUCUGCUGGGGGUGCUGGUCACCCAACCAAUCACGAUGGACCAGGAGGAAGAGACGCAGCAGGAGGAGGACUUGGAGCGUACCCAGUUGAAUGUGUUGGCAGUGCAGGCCAUCACCAGCCUGGUGCUGAGUGCCAUGACUCUGCCCACUGCUGGCAACCCUGCAGUCAGCUGUCUGGAACAGCAGCCCCGCAACAAGAGCCUCAAGGCCCUGGAAACACGAUUUGGAAGGAAACUUGCAGUAAUCAGGGGUGAGGUGGAGAGAGAAAUUCAGGCUCUUGUGUCUAAGAGAGACAAUGUCCACACACACCAUCCCUACCACGCCUGGGACCCUGUGCCCUCUCUGUCAGCAGCCUCUGCAGCAGGUACACUGAUCAGCCACGAGAAGCUGCUGCUUCAGAUCAACACAGAGAGGGAGAUGGGCAACAUGGACUACAAACUGGGACAGGUCUCCAUCCAUUCAGUGUGGCUAGGCAACAACAUCACCCCACUGAGGGAGGAAGAAUGGGGUGAGGAUGAAGAAGACGAAGCAGACACUCCAGCACCCACCUCCCCGCCCAUGUCUCCUAUUAACUCCAGGAAGCACCGCGCAGGUGUGGACAUUCAUUCAUGUUCCCAGUUUCUUCUGGAGCUGUACAGCCAGUGGCUGAUCCCCGGCUCCCCAAAUAACAGGAGGACUCCGACCAUACUCGUCAGUGAAGUGGUCCGAUCGCUGCUGGCGGUGUCGGAUCUGUUCACAGAGAGGAAUCAGUUUGACAUGAUGUUCUCCACCCUGAUGGAACUGCAGAAGCUCCACCCGCCUGAGGAUGAGAUCCUCAAUCAGUACCUGGUGCCUGCCAUCUGCAAGGCAGCUGCUGUGUUGGGCAUGGACAAAGCAAUAGCUGAGCCCGUGUGUCGCCUGUUGGAGACGACCCUGCGCAGCACCCACCUGCCUAGCCGCAUGGGGGCUCUGCAUGGAGUUCUAUAUGUGUUGGAGUGUGACCUGCUGGAUGACACGGCCAAACAGCUGAUCCCCACCAUCUCUGAGUACCUGCUGUCCAACCUCAGGGCUAUCGCUCACUGUGUGAACCUGCAUAACCAGCAGCAUGUGUUAGUGAUGUGUGCAGUGGCCUUCUACAUGAUGGAGAACUACCCUCUGGAUGUAGGAACUGAGUUCAUGGCUGGAAUUAUACAGCUGUGCGGUGUGAUGGUGUCAGCCAGCGAGGACUCCACUCCCUCCGUCAUCUAUCACUGCGUGCUGCGGGGUCUGGAGCGCCUCCUGCUGUCGGAGCAGCUGUCACGUGUGGACGGGGAAGCGCUCGUCAAACUGAGCGUGGACAGAGUGAACAUGCCGUCCCCGCACAGAGCCAUGGCUGCUCUGGGCCUCAUGCUCACCUGCAUGUACACUGCGGUGCUUGCGUCGGGUUCAGAAGUGACAGGGGUUAGAGGUCAGGUUGACUCUGGCUCUGCCGUAGCGGAGGCGGUGGGCGUCACAGCGGGUCAUGUUGGUUUCUCCUCAGGCAAGGAGAAAGCCAGCCCCGCCAGUCGCCCCACCCACUCUGACCCUCAGGCCCCAGACAGCGAGUCCAUCAUUGUUGCCAUGGAGAGGGUCUCGGUGCUCUUCGACAGGAUCAGGAAGGGUUUACCCAGCGAGGCUCGAGUGGUGUCCAGGAUCCUGCCUCAGUUUCUGGACGACUUCUUCCCACCGCAGGACGUCAUGAACAAGGUCAUCGGCGAGUUUCUGUCCAAUCAGCAGCCCUAUCCGCAAUUCAUGGCCACCGUCGUCUACAAGGUUUUCCAGACACUCCAUGCCACAGGACAGUCAUCUAUGGUGCGAGACUGGGUGCUGCUGUCCUUGUCAAACUUCACCCAGAGGACACCGGUGGCCAUGGCCAUGUGGAGCCUCUCCUGCUUCUUCGUCUCUGCUUCCACCUCCCAGUGGAUCUCAGCCCUACUGCCACACGUGAUCAGCCGAAUGGGCUCCAGCGAGGUUGUGGACGUCAACCUGUUCUGCCUGGUGGCCAUGGACUUCUACAGGCACCAGAUUGACGAGGAGUUGGACCGCAGGGCUUUCCAGUCCGUUUUUGAGACGGUGGCGUCGCCGGGCAGCCCUUAUUACCAGCUGCUGGGCUGCCUGAAGUGCAUCCACCAGGAUACAUCACUCUGAGGGCAGCAGACUGAGAUAGACACGGAGGCAAAGAGAGAAGGCGGGGAGGGGUGAAGCACCGGGGAGAAAAGUGGAUUAGAUUGUGAUAGGGGGAGAAAUGAGCUAGCCGCAUACACCUCAAGCUGAGACGGAGGAGAGGAAAAGAAUGUCAUUAGAUUAGUAUACUGUAGCCUCGUCCCUUCCCUUUUUUUUUUUUUUUUUUUGUUCACCGAUCUGAAACGAGAACUACUGAUGUCACCAUGAUGAAUUCAGUAAAGUCAAUCUGUGUAACUAUUAUGGUGUGUGUAAAUGUAAAAAGAAUAUGAAGAGUGAGAUAUGAAGGACACUGGCUGCAAAACCCUCAAACUGUGGUUCUGCCUACAACCACACACCUCCUUCCCCCCCCCCCACAGAGCAUUCCUCGAGAAGAACGACAGCACCUUUUUUGAACACUUCCUCCUAUCCAGCACCUUGAUUUAAAAAAAAAAAAAACGUAUAAAGAUAACAUUAAUCAAAAAUUUAGAUUUAUUUUCCUGUGAGGACUUGCUUGAGUAUUGUGAUGUCGGUGAAGUAAAAUAGAGGAGAAAAAAAUAGAAAAUGCAAAGUAUUUACUAUAUUUCAAGUUUCAAUGCAUCUAUUUUUCAGUGCUUUUUUUUGUUAGUCCUUAAGGUCUGGUUAGGAAACUGACAAUGGGCUGACUCAGCAGAUGUAGUCAGAUAUGCCUGCUUAAUGUUGUCAAUAUUUAGUAUCUCUGGAGACUUUUUUUUUUUUUUUUUAAUAUUUAAGUUGUGGUCAUUAUGUGACACACAGAGUGAGUUAAAUAGUGGAAUAUUUUAUGUGUCAGAAUGAUCACUAAUAGCCAUAGUAAUUUGUUUUCAAGAUAAUGAGGAGCAGGGGAUGGAUGUUGCAAAUGUGCAAAAAAAAAAAAAAAAGUGACUUGUUUGCACACGUUUCAAGCAAUGUGUAACAAUUCCUGUAUGUGUGCAGUGGCCUAUUGAGGAGAGAACAAAGAACUAGACAGGUAUAUAUUCAUUUUCUGCCGCUUUCCAAAAUUCUACGUAGUUUUUAAUAGUUUAAGGGCCCAUAUACAGUAUCAACACUUGAUUCAGUGAAAACUGAGUAAGAAAAAUACCAAAAUUACAGUGUUUUAUUUUUAUCUGUAGCAGAGGGGAGAAAACAUUUCCCCUCAUGGUUUUAUGAUAAUGCUCAUCUGUCUAGUCCUUUUUAAAUUUGCUUUGAGUCUUGUAUGAUGACUCCCCCCUCCUCCUCCUCCAGUGCACCUGAAUGAUUCCACCUGUCCAUUUCCUGUACUUUUUUAAUUCUCAGGAUGUAAGAUGUGAUUAUUAUUGUUGUAAUAAGACAAAGUACAGUCAUCUUUAAAUGGAGCUACCUUCGUAUCUUGUAAAAAGUAAUUGUAAAGUAAUAUGAAAGCCAUGGUGCAUGAUGAGAACUGUGUAAAGACAAGAGAUCUUUAAACUGACAGUAAGAUAAUGAAGAUAAUGUGAUGCUAUUUUUUUUCUUUUGUCUGUCCGUUUUAACACACACAUAUAUAUGAUCAAAAAAAAAAUCAGUGAAUCAGAAGACCGCAGAAUGCAGAAAGCAACAAGCUUCUAGUGUUUUAAUGAAGACUUGACUUUGAGUUGCCUGGGAGCGUGCUGGGCUUCGUUACUCUGUACAUACACUUGCCUUAGAUAAAGACUGAAUAUAUGUAUGUCCUGUACACUGAAAGCUUGAAAGCAUGCUUAGCAUUACUGCUAUUUUCUUGCGUAGUCCUUAAUACUGUAUUUCCAUGGGUACUGUUGUAGUGGAAGAGAUGCAACACAAUCCAAAGGGAGCCUUGUAACCUUAGCGACCAACAGCAGCUUUGACAAAUCAACAGAGGAGGAAGUAUAGCGUAGUGACGCCACGGGGCAGCAGGAGUUUUCUGUUUUUGUUGAGCUUUAAAUACUGUUUUUUUUGUGUCUCUGUUAAGGAUGGGUAAAUAUUUCAUCAUUCAUUGUCUUUGUGCAGAAUAUUAAAUACACCUAGCACUUAAAAACUUGAACUUCUUCUCAUGUUGAUGUUAGGCGCUUUCCGGAUAUGCAAUGAGUUCUACAAUACAUAAAAGUAAAAAAACAUCAUAGUGAUUUGUUUGCUGAGUAUGUUCCCACUUUCCAGCCUUAAAGGCAAUGCCACUUGUUUCCUUUGAUCCUCUUUAAGUUAAUGUAUUCACACAAUAAAUGACUUAAGUCUUCUGCUGCUUGGCAGACUGCAGCUGUUAUUGAAAUUCCAGUGUGAGGCCUCCCUGAAGCAGAUUAAAUGAACCUAAAUGAGUCCUGUUUUCCCUCAGCUGGAAGAUCAACAGUCUCUUCAGAGUCUAUUUGGAUUUUGUGUCGAGAGGCUAAAAGUAAUGCAGCGUGACAGACAACACCUUUUUUUCCCCCUUCUCUGCACUGCUUUUAAAUGUUGAAGGAAAUUAUUCAAAAAUGGGAUUUAAUACUGCUCGAGUGAACAAAGUUUCUUUUCAGUUUGUCUUUUAGUGUCUUCUCCAGGCUUAAGAGGAGCAAAGGACCGAGUGGACGCCCCUGCAGGGGGUAAUGCGAUUGCCCAGAAAUCUUUUGUGGUUUUGGGAGAUGGGCGUGGAGGUCAGGGACAUAGGUCAUGUUCAACUGAUUUAACACCGCUCCCCUUAAGACAUUUUUUUCAACUCUACUCCCACUUGAAGAAUGAACAAUUCAAAGCAUAUUUGACAACUUGCAUCGUCGACUUAUUGGUUUAGUGUCAUGAAAAACACUCUGGGUUCUUAUAAUGUCCCAUAAUGUGAACUGUCUGCAAUUAACAUGCGCUUGGCUUUAAAGAAAUACCUCUUUUCCCCCUUUCGUGAAAAUCCAGUUUGGCGACAAUUUCCUCUAUUUAGAAUAAUUCAAUGAUCCUGUUUUCUGUGGAGGCUGCAGAGGAAGCAUAGACUAAGAAUAAUGUGAUUCCCUUUACAGUUUUCUUCAGUCUGGUCCCCCAGCAGGACCCCCGGAGCCUUCACAUUUAUUUUUUACAAUUGCCUGUAAAAAAGAAGGAAAAAAAAAAAAGAAUGAAAGAGAUGGUGUAUUUCAGUUAAUUUGAAUAUUUUAAAGAGAUUAAUCACUGCAUAUGAUCUGUUGAAAAC